AUCGAUCACCGUACACAUUUUUCAGUGUCUUGUAAACAUUCAUAUUUCCCGUGAUCAAUUCAUUGUUCUGUAAAACAUAAUCAAAACUCACGUGUAUAAGAUCUCAGAUAGAGAAUGAUCUUCAAACGCAAUGAAUUUAAGAGAAAUAUGAGUUUUGUAUUGUAUUUAUAGUAGGAACUGUUACAUGAAAAUAUUAUGAAUGAUUAAUGAAAAUGAUCUAUUAUUUAUACUAUAUUUCUUCUCUGACAAUCGAUAGUCGACGUACAAUAUUUUUCCACCAUAUGGCGUUCUCCUUAUGUUUUUGUUAGCAGUUGUAAGAAUUUAGCUCCUUGCUCAUUAUGUCACAUGUCUUUAUGCUUUCACUGCUGAAAAAGUUGUGAAAUUGUUUCUAUGCAAUCAAACAAGUAUUCUUAUAUUAUUGUUUCUUCUAACUGAUUCAAAUAUUUCACCAAAAUUAUUCUCGUUGCUUGUCUUCUCCUAUGUACCAUAUGUCUUCCCAUACAAUAUGUUGGCACUUUUUUCAGUGUUUAUAGACAAUGGAAGGAAGUUGAUUGGUGGUGGUUACCUCAUCCACCAGCCUUUUAGAUUGUGCUACAUGAAAAAUAUGAUGUAUUUGUGAAUUUGAAGAAGUUGCAGCAACUUAUACACGAUAUUACUAUGUUUUCCAGUAUCUUGUAAGCUCCCUAGUACUUAGGAUCAAUUUUCUGUAAUGUUUGAGUCACCCCUGAAUUCUGCCUACAUGAUUGUAAUUUAAGGAAGACGUAAUCUCCUAUUUCAAAAAUCCUCUUACUUUUUUUUUUUUGGUAAAAUAAAAUCCUCUUACUUUAUUGUUGAUUAGCUAACUGUUUGAUACAGUUUCAGUUCUUAAUAGGUGGAAACUGAGAAUUAACAACAUAUUCUCCAUUUCUUCCGGACACUUAACUACUACUUGUACUUUUGGUUCCUCGGAUAAAUAAGGAAGAUGUCUUGGUGGUAAUUGACCAGACAUUACCUCAUAAGGGUAAAUUAGUAAUGUUUGGAUUAUAAUAUUUUGUUGAUUUAUAAAUUUAUUAUUUACAAAAUUUUGUUUUUAGAUAUGUAUAUCUUGAAAUGUGUUUUAUGUAAGAAAAAAAAUAAAGUAUACAGUGAUUAAAUUUUCAUAUACAAUUUUCAUAUUGUUUUAUUCGAUUAUUAUGUGUAUAAAAUAUACGUACCUUAAACAUAGAUGUUUUUAUAUGUUAAAUGACUACAUCAAAUUUUUUGAAGUGUAUAAAAUUAAAAAUAGACUUCACUGUGAAUAAAAAUAAAAUAUUUUUGUUAUAUUUAGAUAAAUUUUAUAUUCAUUAAUUUAUAUUUAUAUUAGGAUCAUAUAUUUACUUAAGAUUUUUCAAAAUUAUCAUCUUAUUAUUUUAUUAAAUUGUGUCAUACAUUUCGUUAAUCCACUUUAAAAUUAAAUAAAUUUAAUAGUUUAUCGUGUUUAUUAAUUUAGUUAGAGCUGUCAAUUGGGUUAUCCCACGUUGAUUUAUGCAUAUCCAUUUGUGCAAGAAAUUUCUUGUUUGUGGACAAAGAAUGACUAUGUUCAUUAAAAACUAAAUCCACUAAUGCCAAUGUUAACAUGGGUUGCCCAUGGGGUCCAUUGAAGACCAUAUAAUAGAAUCUGAUACAACACAAAUUUGCUAGAAAGGUUGUUUAAAUAUUCAAAAUAUCAUAACAUGUUUUUUUUUUUGCGAUUUUGGAGAAAAAAACAAGAUUCUGAGAUUUUGGUCGGAAUACUUUUUUUGUGGCUUUAUGGGAAAAUAAUAUUUUGCGAAAAGAUUUUUUUCUUUAUCGUUUUGGCGGAAAAUUUAUAUUGUGGUUUUGGCCAAACCCUCGAUUAGGUGGAAAAAUUUAGUUUUAACGAUUUAAGCGAGAAACCUCGAUUUUGAAAUUUUAGUGGAAAAACUUGAUUUUGUGAUUUUGAUGGGAAAAAUUCAAUUUUUGCGGUAAAAUUCGAUUUUGUGAUUUUUGCGGAAACUCGAUUUUGUGAUUAUAGUCAUAAACUUGAUUUUGCGAUUUUGGCAGGAAAUCUUGAUUUUGUGAUUUUGCGAUUUUGGCAGAAAAACUUGAUUUUGUGAAUUUGGUAAAAUAAAAAAUAACUUUUAACUUAAGAUAAUUUUAAAAUCAACAUUUGAAGUAUGAGAAACGUAUCAAUAAAAUUUAUUAUGUAUAUAUCAUUAAUUAUAUUAUAUAGUUUACAUAUAAUUACCUCUAUAUUUUAAUUGAUCGGUUUUAUUCAUUUUUUGGUUUGAUCAUUCUAUAUACCGCGGUUUCUUAAAAAUGACAUCCAUUCGGUAUAUUCGGUACUACCAAAUCCAGACCACUUUCUCUAUUUCGUUUCUGUUUGGUUUUAAUUUGUUUGGUUUUAAUUACCAGAUUGAACACCCCUACUUGUCAUGCAUCUGAGAUAAGUCCCCAUGAAUUUCGUUUGUCCAUAUAUUUUAUAAAUUGAAUUAGUAACUGUAUGAUGUGUUUUACUAAUAAAUUUUAUUGAAUUAUAAUAGAUAGUAAUAAUUAAUAUUUGUUAUUUAUAGUAUAUUUAUUAAAAUGAUUAGCAUAUGAAAACAAUAAGACAUGCUAAUAACCAGUAUUGGUUUUAAUAGCACAUCUUAUUUAAAACGAAUAGUUAAUGCAAAAUAAAUAUACACUAAUAUUAUGUACUUUCAUUAACAAUAUAUUUUAAUGGUAAAGUAUAGAAGGAAAUUUUAAAAAAUUAAAUCAGUAAGUUUGGUUAUUAUUAGUCAUACUUUCCAUUUGGUAAUUUAUAGAUUUUGGACUAACAUAUUAAGUUUAUAUAAAAGUAAACGUAACCUCUAAAUUUAGGUCCAAGUUAAUUGUUUUGGAAAAAAAAAGCAAAAAAAUCUGUAAAUAUUGAACUUUGUCAAAAACAAAAUCUGUAAAUAUUGAUAAUGUGGAUGAAGUCAUCUACAACUUUUAAACCUGUUAGUUUAAAGUUUGACCAGUGACGUUCUAAGUAUCAACAUUUUCGCCACUAAUGUUAAAGUUAAAAAGGGGGCAAAUAGUAAUUAAUUCCUUCUAAAAAUAGUUAAUUUAGAUUAUUAAUUACCAGUUGGUAUAAUAUUGACUAGUGCUACAAAUAUCUCUCUACCAAGAUUAUCAUGAAAAACAUUCUCUCCAAGUUUCUUUCCCUCUAAAAGCAAAAGCUCAGUGAUAUCAGAAUCUCUUUUCUAUUCAAGAUCAAGGUUUGGUUCAAUGGAGAGGACAAGGUCGAAACGGGUUCAGAAUUUGCCUGAGACAGUCCAUUCAUUGAUCGGUUUAAGAUCUCAUUUGACUUCAUCUUGGGUUAAAUCUGUCAGCAACAUCGCCAAGAACGUCUCUUCUUCUUCUGAGAUAUCUUCAACGUCAAAGGAAGAGGACGAUUCUGCUUUCAUUGAAGAACAGAGCAUUAGAAAUCAACUCUCUACCCUAACAGUUCAAGUAAAUGAUCAGAACAAACGAAGAAGACAGAUUCUUAACGAGUUUUUGGACCUUAAAGGGAACAUUCGUGUGUUUUGUCGAGUCAAACCCUUAGACUCCAAAAACAUGAGAGCGCCGGUUGCUUCGGAUACAAGAAACGUUUUCAUCAAGUUAACAGAAAGCAAGAGGAAAACCUACAACUUCGACAGAGUUUUCCAACCUGAUUCAUCACAAGAUGAUGUCUUCUUAGAGAUUGAACCGGUAAUCAAAUCGGUUAUGGAUGGCUACAACGCUUGCAUUUUUGCAUAUGGACAAACUGGUACUGGAAAAACUUUUACAAUGGAGGGUCUUCCAGAAUCACCAGGUAUCGUUCCCCGAGCAAUCAAGGGAUUGUUCAAACAAGUCGAGGAAAGCAAUCAUAAGUUUGUAAUCAAGUUUAGUAUGCUUGAGAUUUACAUGGGGAAUCUCAGAGACUUGCUUGUCUCUCAAGGAACUAAACCCAUUGGUCCCAUACCUCCAAGUCUUCUUAUUCACACAAACCCAAAGGGAGAGAUAGGUAUAGAGAACUUAGUGACUCGUAAAGUGAAGGACUUUGAUGAAGUCUUCAAGUUAUACAAAUUAGGUUGUAGAAACAGAGCAACUGCCUUCACUAACUCUAACUCUGCAUCCAGCAGAUCACACUGUAUGAUCCGUGUAUCGAUUACUUGUGCUGGAGCUACUGAGAGACGGCGUGUAAGAAACAAGAUUUGGCUAGUUGAUCUUGGAGGAAGCGAGCGCGUGUUGAAAACUAAAGCAACUGGCCGCCGUUUUGAUGAAGGCAAAGCCAUUAAUCUCUCUUUAUCUGCUCUCGGAGAUGUCAUCAACUCUCUUCAACGCAAGAACGCUCACAUUCCUUACAGGAACAGCAAGCUCACACAAGUUCUGAAAGACUCUCUCGGGCAAGACUCUAAGACACUGAUGCUUGUUCAUAUCGGCCGGAAAGAAGAUGAUCUGUGUGAAACCAUAUGCUCUUUAGAUUUCGCAACGAGGGCAAAGAACGUUCAUUUAGGUCAGGAGGAAUCAAAGGAAAAACAAGAGAAAAAGGAGACUGUGAUGAUGAAUCUGCAGAAGACGUUGGAAACGAUCGAGAAAGAUCGCGAGGCAACGUUAAAAGAGAUCAGAUAUCUAAACGAGACAUUAGAGAAACUCUCUGGUAAGCCUCAUGUUACUGAAGAAGCAGAAGAAGUGGAUGAGAUAAGAGAAGAGAUUCAAGUUACUCCAAAAUUAAGGAGAAACAAAUCAAGACGUGCUUCAGAUGUUUUUUGUAGCUUCAUGAGACCAACAGCUAGCAGCAACCGAAGAUUAUCAGGUGCAGAUUUUAGCCCAAUCUCCAGUGGUCCAGGUUCCAAGUCAAGAAGGAACUCAAUGGCCCAUGUCCGAUCUGAGUCUGUGUGUCUUCCUAUGAUGAAGAACGUAUAUGAUUCUCUGUGUGACUCAUCAGAGAGGAGUGUUUCAAAGUCCACUUGCGCUAUGAGUCAGAAUAGAGCGGAUGAUGCGGCAACAGUUUAUAGUCAGGACAUAUCUGAAUGCGAUAUCAAGUUGGUCGUGUCUGAGCACAAGACAGAAGUGCAACAGACGGGGCAAGGAUCUGCGAGAAAAGCUUGUUCCAAGAUUGGUAUCUUUGAGAAAAAUGUCAACCGAAAAACAGAGUUUUCAAGAAUUAACAGUUGGCUUCGUUCGCAAUCCGAAAAUAGAAGUUGCGUGCUUGACAAGAAACCACGCAGACUAAACAAAAACAUAUCUUUGGGAAGGUCAUCUAACGGUGAUCAAACUUCGGAAGACAUAGAAGAGUCCAAGGCAGGGAUUAAACAUCCACUGUUGCUUAAAGAUGUGUUUGAGCUGGAGUAUAUGUGCUCUGCCGAAACAGAGGAUCAGAUACUGUCCAUAUACCCAAACCCUAACGAGGAAGACUAUGCAUCUCUUCAUCAUCUUCCAAGUUUCCGAUACGAUGGACUUAGCCAACACAUCGACGAUGCAUGGUUUGGAGUCGCUCGAAGCGCGAAUAGGGAGCAAGAUUCACAUGCCUCAGGAUUGCUAUUAGAACUCAAGCAGCCCUUACCUAAUUCUCAGAAAGGAUUGGCGUUUGUGGAGGAUGUAGCUCCACCAUUACUUAGGCCGCAAGGAAUCUUGGUCGAGAGAGGAAGAGGCGCUCAUACGUUUAUGCAAGAACUUGAGGCAUUAUGCUACCGUACACUUGUUGGAGUAGGGCUUAUUGAUGUGAGCUAUGGUAGUGACUUCUUCAACGGGUUAACGCAGUAAAGUUAUGUGUAAUGAUUUGAAGACAUGUCUUUUUUUUGGGGUAAUGGCAAAAGGUUUUUUGUCUUCUUAGAGAAAAAGAUUGUCUCCUUGUACUAGAGUAAGUUUAUAUUCAUAAAAAAAACUAUUAUGGAAUCAAUUGAAGCAUCAGCGGUAUUCAUGA